UAUGCGAUCACGAAAUAACUAGAAAGUCAUACUGAGUAAUUUUCGGAGAGGAAGUAUUAGGGGGUUUGGAAUCGGAUGUGGGAGUGAUACAUUUUAAUAUAUAAGGUCCAACAUGUCUAUGUCAGACAUUACUACCAAACAUUUCACAGUUAAUCAGGAUCGUUACACGAGGUAUAGCUUGAAAUUCACAGAAACGCUGUAAAAAUGAGAUACCUGUUUGCUUAUGCUAUGUGUUUGAUGAUAGUGGUCAAGGUGCGUGCUCAUUUACCAGGGCCAAGCAGAAUGUUACCUCAACCCCUUGUCCCAGUCGGUUCACCACUGAUUGACCCAUUCAGAACAGGUCCUGGUAUGUUAAGAGGCGGAUGGAACAAUGUAUUUCUACCACAAGGACACUGGGGCAAUUUUGGCCAGUGGCCACAAACUUGGGACAAUCGAAAUACCUGGAAUAAUGGUAUCUCCGCUAUUGAAAACAGAAUGGAUGGUUUUAACAACAAUGCUGUGGGAAGCACAGAUCCUUGGGAGCAAUACAGACGGUUUAACUCAGGAAUGAGAGGCUUGGCUGAUGGUAUAGAUACUUCAAGAGGGAUUUCAACUAAUGUAAUGUCAUCGCGAAAUCAGCUUACACAGGGUCCAGGCAGUAACAAUUAUCCCUGGAAUACAUUCGCAACACAGAACAACCCAUUGAAUACAUUUCCAACACAGAACAACCUUUUGAAUACAUUUCCAACACAGAACAACCCAUUGAAUACAUUUCCAACACAGAACAACCUUUUGAAUACAUUUCCAACACAGAACAACCCAUUGAAUACAUUUCCAACACAGAACAAUAUUCCAGCUGUAACUAAUGGUAUCAACCAGGGUUUUGUUAGUCCUCAGUUGCCACCGAAUUUUAACAAUCAGUUCCAGAACCAACCCUUCCUUUCCCAGGGGUUUCCAAACAGAUUACCUGCAACAAAUGGCGUAUUUGUAUAACUGAUUUAAAAUACCAAACAAAUGGUUCUUCUUGAAUCACUGCGUUUUAAUUAAUGUAAAACUAAUGCAGCAAACUAUUAACAUUUGAGAAAGAGUUAUUUAUUAGGCACACCGUGACAAAGUCAGAUCACAUAUCUGAUUCAUUAAUACAAAAUUUACUUUGAUGAUUAUUUGUUUAUAUUUAUGCUAUUUAUUAGUUUUGAACAUUUUUAUACAUUGUUGUUUUGUAAUAAAAAUAACGAAGAUACAA